UCUUAAGAUUUAAAGAACAGCAAAUACCGAUUUUUGACCAGAAAAUAGGUAUCUGCACAGAUGCCGUAUCUUUCUAGUCAUAUGACGUCUCCACUUCCUGCUUGGAGUAUCAAUUUUGAGACAACGCUGUUUUCUCCUCUAAUAAGAAAUGUUUCCAGAUAUAAUUUAUGGUAGUCAUGAAACGUGAAAAUUCAAAAAGUAUGGAUGAUGUAGCGCAGCUUGAAUCAAUCAACAGAUUAGCAGGGAACGGUUUUAUUGACAUCUUGAAAAGUACAAAAAAAAAUGCAUUUCCCAAGAUCCAAUGCAUGCCCGAAGGGGUACGACGUCUCGAGGAUUUUUGACACAAAAUAAGAUUGUCUGCUUCCGCGCGCGAUUUAUAAUGUUUUGCUCACUUUGCGAAAUCUCUUGAGUGUAGCUAACAUUUCACAGUUAUAAUGACUUGAAUGUCAAUGCAUUUAACCUAGCUGGUCCUAUUUUCUCGGGAGAUAAGACUGGGCCAUGCGCAGCUGGAGGUGGCAGUUCUCCAGGAUGAUGAGCCUUUGCCUGCACUGGUGCCGGCUGUGUCCUAAGCGAGGGGUGCGCCCCAGCAAGCCCCGGAGGAAGCUAGGAGAGCUGUGGAGCUACUGGAAGCUGCUGCUCAACUCCCUCUACUUCAACAGCCUCACCAACUCUGACACCUACCUGGACUGUGUCUUUGAACCCAUCUACUGGAUUGUGGACACUGUGACUCGCUGGUUUGGGGUGGUAUUUGUGUGCCUGGUGAUUGCCCUCACCAGCUCUGUGGUGGUCGUUGUCUACCUGUGCCUGUUGCCUGUUAUCCUCAACACCUACCCCCUACUGUGGAUCAUCUGGCACCUCACCUAUGGCCACUGGGUCCUCAUGAUGGUCCUCUUCCACUACUACAAGGCCACCACCACCUCCCCUGGACACCCACCACAGGUUAAAAGUGAUACACCGUCAGUGACCAUCUGUAAGAAAUGCAUCGUCCCCAAACCAGCCAGGACUCACCACUGCAGCAUCUGCAAUACGUGUAUUCUGAAGAUGGAUCACCACUGUCCUUGGCUCAACAACUGUGUGGGCCACUUCAACCACCGCUACUUUUUCUCCUUCUGCCUGUACAUGACCAUGGGCUGCAUGUACUGCAGCGUCAGCAGCAAAGAAAUGUUCAUAGAGGCUUACAACGCUGUCGAGAGCUACUAUCAGACCCCACCAGCACUGUUUUCCUUCAGGGAAAAGAUGGUCCACAAUGGUGUCAUUUUCAUUUGGGUGCUGACAAGUUCGGUGGCAGUUGCUCUGGGAGGUCUGACCCUGUGGCAUGCUAUCCUCAUCACUCGAGGAGAGACCAGUGUGGAGAGACACAUCAACAAGAAAGAAAUCAGACGUUUAAAGGAGAAAGGAAAGGUGUUCCGAAAUCCAUACCACUAUGGGAAAAUAAACAAUUGGAAAGUUUUGUUUGGUGUGGAAGAGACAAGUCACUGGUUGACCAGAGUCCUCCUACCGUCGAGCCACGUUCCCCAUGAAGAAGGACUGAUAUGGGAAUGCCCUCGGGCUCUCACCAGAAGAGACCCUAUGACCAUCUAACCUCCCACUACUCGCUGCUGGACAGUUUCUCAUCUCCACUUUAUGGGCCAUAAUCACUGCUAUACCCCUAUCCCUUGGAUGGUGGGCUAGACAGAAGACUUCUUUUAGCCUCUGAGGAGUUGACUAUUUGGUGUUGAUUGUGGCCCAUGAGUCCAGGGACCUUAAUCGGACCACCAGUCACUGUCAUGUGAAGUGAACUCAUGGUCCUGUCUUUAAUAGUCUACUUGUCUUGUGGCCUGACUGUUUUUGUACUGUUAGGUAUGUUGUCCAAAGUUGAUGUGAAGUGUGUGUGCUUUUUAAUUGUAUUGAAGUCACAGAAAAAGCAGUUUGGACUUUUUCAGUGCCAAAGAACAGCUUUCCACCAAAGGCUCGGUUCAGCUAGAUAACCACAUGCCUUGGCCAUUGUCCAACUAUGGGUGAGUAGUCUGGAGACUUUGACAGAAUCACAUAAACAACAUUACCAUUCAGGCUCGAGUUAGAUUAUGGUGUUCAUGUUACUGAGCAGUGCCCCUGUCAAUAUUAGGAAUUGUCAAAACAUUGCUAUGUGCCUUGUUAUGUUAAAUCUUUAACCUGUUUUCUAUUUGUUAAUUGUCAGGCACUAAUGCAAAGUACAGUUUAAUGUAUUUUCUACUAUUAUCCAACCUCCCACAUUGAUUUCUCCACUAAAAAGCUGCGUGUACACUGCACGGUUUUGGUCCCGAUAGCUGUCCCGGUCAAGUUUUUGAGAUCGAUAUUUUCAAACAUGGGUUUUACUUUAUCGGCACAAAAUCAGCAAUGAUCUUGUAGUGUGAGAUGUGCAACAAGUUUUGAGAAUGGUGAUAAGCAAUAGCCAAUGCAAAACGUCAUCUCACUGGCGAGCUCUCAUCACACAGAAUGUGUAGGUGCUGGAGCCAUGAAUACUAUUAGUACGCGUUUGUACUUCCCUUGAACCAAAGCGUCAAGUCGUUACAGCUCGGAAGUUCACAAGCAAUGUUAUUAAAUUCAAAAUGUUGGCUAGAUAUUUCAACUCUGUAUGGCAAGCGUGAAAGUUUUAAGAGCCGCACACUCUAGGAGCUCAGAUGCAAAACUAUUUAUGUCCAACGUUUCGACAGACAAGCUGUUUUCAUCAGGGUAUAAUGACAAACACUGCGAGAUGACUCAUUUUAUAUAGUGUCAAAAGACACAGGUCUGUAAUCAUGGACAGCUGUGGCCGGAUAUCAUUGGUUAAUUAUAUUAAAAUAGCAUACAAAUACAAUUUGGCUACAGCGUGAAAGUCUGACUGAAAACGUUUGAGGCUGUUGAGACAGCUCGUUGUAGCUACAUUAAAUCUAAUAUUGUUUUUGCGAGAGAGCGUGGUAUCUAGAAUCCUCACAAACAAGUGAAUUCUCUUGUAGUGUUUAACCCCCCCGUCUGUGCCACAUCGUUUCGUGCGCAACCCUACGUUGGCAAGACAACUACAGGAAAGUGGUUAUUUAACCUCUACGGAAUCAGUGUCCUCCCCCCGGGGGAUGGUUGCGCUAAGGUGAUGAGCAGAAAGCUUAAAUUCUUGUUAAUCUAACUGCAAUGUCCAAUUUACAGUAGCUACUAGUGAAAGAAUACCAUGCUAUUGUUGAGGAGAGUGCACAGCUUGGUACUUGAAAAUGUAUCAAACCAAUUAAGCACAUUGGAUCAGUCUAAAACUUUGCAGAGACUGCCAUCUAGUGGCAAAUCUAAAUUGCACCUAAACUGGAAUAAUACAUUGGUCUUUCUCUUGCAUUUCAAAGAAUACAAAAAAGUUUAAAAAAAAUAUUUGACCAGAUCUGUGUUAUUCUCCUACAUUUAUUUUCAAAGGAAUUAAUAAUAUACAUAUCCUUGCUUCAGGUCCUGAGCUACAGGCAGUUUAGAUUUGGGUAUGUCAUUUUAGGUGAAAAUUGAAUUAGAAAAAAAUGGGUUAGAUCCUUGAGGUUUUUAAUUUGAGAGGCUCAGCGACGUUAAUUCUGAAAGGUGUGUAGUGUACACCCGGCUUAACCAACAUUAAGAUCACUUAACAUGGUCAUACACUCUUGGAAGCUGCAGAUUUCCUCCUUGCUGGUCUCGAAUAUGGCCACCAGUUAGAAUUCCUAGAAUGGUCGGGAUAUUUCUUGUGGCCAGCCUGUAACGGGAGGGGCAUGUGGUUGGCUGCUGUGACAUGACCAAUAGAAACUGUUUCUCUGUAUCAUUACGAUUGAUAUUAGCUUGUAUUGUUUUAAUAUUUGAUAAAGGAUUGUUUUUGGAAACUUCA